AUGGCUUCUACAAGCCCGCCUAACCCUGGAACUUCGCCCAUCGAUCCUCAACUCUUCGAGACGAUGUUCCAGCCCAACACUGCGGGCUCCGAUAGCAAUCCAGAACAAAUGAUCGGGGCGAAACGUGGAUGGGCAGAGGAGCUAGGUCAUAGCGAAUUUAUCUCUGAUGAUGUCGCCCAGCUGUCUGAGCCGAAGGCAAAACGCCAGAAGCUCGAGAUGGCCGACAUGAAAGUUGAAGAUAUACCGGAUGCCUGGCAGAGCGAGGUAGUAGCGAUGCUGAAGCAAAUGUUUCCAUCGCGGAUGAUUCGAGACAUCUAUCAGCUUUACACCACUACCUAUCGGGGUAACUACACUGCUACUCUCGAGCACCUCGUUCUCCUACCAGAUGAGCCUCAGCAGGCUCAGCGUAGCCAGAUGCACGAACAAGGAGUCACGAGAUCAGAUGCAUUCAGCAUGGCCCCUUACCCUCAGCAGCACAUCAAGCUACCUAUUAGUGGGCCCCAGAUUCCAGAACGAGCUAGCACCCAGUAUCCAAGGAUGUUCAACCGCACACCUUCUAACGGAGUCUAUCACACUGCGUAUCAGGCUCAGUUUCAAGGCCCUGAGACUUUGGAUGCGCCAUCUCUAGGCGACCACCACCCACAACAGAUCGCUCUUCCCCGGCCAGGAUCGGCACCCACUAAGUCGGUGGUGUCAAACGAUUUCACAGCAAAGUCCGGAACCGGCACGAAAGCAUCAAAAGCUCGAAAGCCCCGAAAGCGCAAAUCUGCAGGAGAUGAUGAGCCAGGCCGUGGCUAUGACUUCAUGAAGAAGGCCCCACAUCAAAACCACACACUACCAAACAUCAACUGCACACUAGUCGAGAUCCUCGUUCUGUUAGGCCACGCACAUUUGAAUUAUGACGUUGCCAAUCGACUUAUUACCAAUGGUCUGAGCUACGCUCUCCACCAGUUCAUCGUUCGUAGCCACCGUACUAAGGGUGCUCUCGAUCGUACUACUGCGCCGGCAGAUGCUGUCUUAGAUGAAGACGAUCAGUUAUACUCGCGAAAUGCCAUACUUCACAGCUACCAGCACGCCUUCCGCGCAGGCAAGGAUGCCAACAACCCUGUUCCUGGCUGGACAUUUAGGACCCAUUCGCAAAAGAUCUCUAACGAGAAUUGGGAUCCUCGGAACAUCUCUCUCACUGGCAUCCAGCCGCGUGGGCUAACCCAUUGCCCGCCAAACCAAACAUUCUUCCCACCCAAACCAGUUGCGCUAGAAUCUUUGUUGGACGAUGUCGAUCAGAUUCCACAAGGUGACGAUGCAGCCGACCUAACGCGAGCAGUGUUGUUUGCUAGAGACCAUCCAGGAACAUACAAGUAUCCAACUGAUGUCGGACUGGCUAUCAGCGAUGCUGGUGGUCCUGUACGAAUAUCAGCAAAUCACAUCGACGGUGCUUGUAUUGCCCGUUGGAGCCCACGACUAGGAAAACUCCGGGCUGAGAGCAACCGCUUGAAGCGUGAGGCGAAAGGCGAUCUUGGUUCUCUGGACAAUAUUGACCAGCACAAUCAACAUCCCAUCACGAGUGAACCAAGUGCGGUUGACACCCACGUAGAAGAACCGCCUAAUGGCUACACUUUAGGACAUGCCAACGGAAGUGGCCCAGGAGAAGAUCUUGCAGAUCCUUAUGGAGGCCAUACGCCGAGUCUUUACUUUCAGGACGACGCUUCUAUUGGCCAUCGGACUUUAUCUCCUAUGGCAGGAAUAGAAUUCGAUAGUAAUGGGCAAAAAGAAGAGUCCGGCAAUCAUACCAUGGUAAACAACUACCAAGAUUCAAGCCCCGUGCUUUCGAACGAUAUUCUAAUCUAUCAUAGGACUCUCUCAGCUAGGGUAAUGGACCAUCUCAAUUUGGGACCAGACGCGGAGAAUCUGCACGCACAACUCGGUCUACUGCGCGAUCUUCCGUAUCCGCCUGCCGACAACAAUAGCGUUCUAUCCCGCUGCAUCCGGUUCGCUAAACAUCCGUCUUUCAGCGACAUCGAGUGGGAAGGCACUCCCGAGACAUUGGAUACAAUAGUCCAGUUCAUGGAGCUGAACACGGCUCAAUUGCCGCAGGAUAUCAACAACACACCCCUCGAUGCGGUCUUCAACGACACCAUGCAACAUUAA